CAAACGACUUGAGCACUGAGCGUCAGCACUCCCGGGAACUCCGCAGCGGCGCCUCCCGCAGGGCCACCUCCGGACGACAGCCGACCAGACAGCCAAGCUCCGCCCGCCGCGCACCGCCCCGCCCUCGGCCACGAUGCUCCGGGCCGCUCUGCUGCUCAGCGCCGCCUUGGCCAUCAGCCACGCAGGUGAGUACCGUGGCCUGCCCGCACCCAGGCUGAGUUUCCGCUCAGACCUCGGUCCAUCUCGGCAGGCCGGCUCCUGAAGAGACGCGCUGGGUGAAUUUGAACUUGAGUCCAAAAGAACUGGGAGGCUAUCCCCGUUUUGUCACCCAAUCUGAUCUCAUGCACCAGCUCCUGAACCGGUCUAAGACUCGCUCUCACCCACUAGAUAGGAAUAGAGAACCUAAUGUGCAGGUUGUCAUCUUAAGAUACCUGUGAAACGUGUGUGUGUGCCACCUCUUGUUACCAAACAGCAGGCAUUGUGUUUUUGUGUUUUCUUUCUUUCUGUUUUUGACUGAGGAUUGAAGCCCAAGGGCGGCUUAACCACUGAACCAUAGGAUGCUUUUUUUCCCCCGCUAAAUUGCUUAGGGCCUCGCUAAAUUGCUGAAGCUGGUUUGGAACUUGAAAUCCUCCCGCCUCAGCCUCCGGAGCUGCUGGGAUUAAGGCGUGCACCACUGCGCCAGGCAGGCCAGCAACCAUUGUUUUAAUUAAUACUCUGUUCAGUGCUUUCUGGCCCCAGGGAAACUCAAAUUAUGUUUUUAAAACAAAACAUUUAAAAAGUAAAAGCUGUUUUGACUUUGAAAAGUUUGCUAAAUUUCAAUUAAUCUAGCCAGGAGCAAGCCUCUAAUGCUAGAGGUUCGAGAGGAUGAGGCAAAAAAGAUCGCAAGUUCAAAGCCAGCCUCAGCAAUUUUUCUAAGGACUAAAGCAACUUAGUGAGACCCUGUCUCAAAAAAUAAAAACAAGACUGGGGAUGUGGCUCAGUGGUAAGCACCCCUGGGUUUAAUCCAUGGGACUACCACUACUAAUAGUAAUUAAAGUACUAGAUCCAAUCCAUUUGAAAGUGCUGCUUUAGCUUUUUAGAAACACUAGUUUGAAAGUCUAAAAAGUUAUUAUAAAGAAACCUCAGAAAUGUGAGUUAUCAAGUUGAGCAAUCUGUUACUCUUAUUUAGAAUGAUAAAUUAGUAUUUCUAGCAUAACCAUUCAGUGAGAAGGGUUUAAAAAUUGUAUUCCAUGACUACUUAUUUCUUGAUAAGAUAAAUAUAUUUCUUAUAUUUCUUAUUGUAAAGAUGCCCCAUAGUUAAAAUAUGAAACAUUUAAGUCAAGGUUAAGACACUGAAGAAUGAUUGAUGUGCUGUCCUUACUUUUAUAUUGUAGCAAAUCCUUGCUGUUCCAACCCAUGUCAAAACCAAGGUGUAUGUAUGAGCACAGGAUUUGACCAGUAUAAGUGUGACUGUACCAGAACAGGAUUCUACGGUGAAAAUUGUUCAACACCUGAACUUUUGACCAGAAUAAAACGACUUCUGAAGCCCACUCCAAACACAGUCCACUACAUACUUACCCACUUCAAGGGGGUCUGGAACAUUGUCAAUAAUAUUCCCUUCCUGCGAAAUUCAAUCAUGAGAUAUGUGUUGACUUCCAGAUCACAUUUAAUUGACAGUCCACCAACUUACAAUGUGCACUAUGGCUACAAAAACUGGGAAGCCUUCUCUAACCUCUCCUACUAUACCAGAGCCCUUCCUCCUGUGGCAGAUGACUGCCCAACGCCCAUGGGUGUGAAAGGGAAGAAGGAGCUUCCUGAUUCUAAAGAGGUGUUUGAAAAAGUUCUUCUAAGAAGAAAGUUCAUUCCUGACCCCCAAGGCACCAAUAUGAUGUUUGCAUUCUUUGCUCAGCAUUUCACCCAUCAAUUUUUUAAGUCAGAUAGGAAUCGAGGGCCAGCUUUCACCACAGGACUGGGCCACGGGGUGGACCUAAGUCAUGUUUAUGGUGAAACUCUGGAUAGACAACAUAAGCUGCGCCUCUUCAAGGAUGGAAAACUGAAAUAUCAGGUGAUUGGUGGAGAGGUGUAUCCUCCCACAGUCAAAGACACUCAGGUGGAGAUGAUCUACCCCCCUCACAUCCCUGAACACCUUCGGUUUGCUGUGGGGCAGGAGGUCUUUGGUCUUGUGCCUGGUCUGAUGAUGUAUGCCACAAUCUGGCUACGGGAACAUAACAGAGUGUGCGAUGUGCUUAAACAGGAACAUCCAGAGUGGGAUGAUGAGCGGUUGUUCCAGACGAGCAGACUAAUAUUAAUAGGGGAGACCAUUAAAAUUGUGAUUGAAGACUACGUCCAGCACUUGAGCGGGUAUCACUUCAAACUCAAGUUUGACCCAGAGCUGCUUUUCAACCAACAAUUCCAGUACCAAAACCGUAUUGCUUCUGAGUUUAACACACUUUAUCACUGGCAUCCCCUUCUGCCUGACACCUUUCAAAUUCAUGACCAGGAGUACAACUAUCAACAGUUUCUCUACAACAACUCCAUAUUACUGGAACAUGGACUUACCCAGUUCGUUGAGUCAUUCACCAGACAAAUUGCUGGCAGGGUUUCUGGAGGCAGGAAUGUGCCAUCUGCAGUACAAACAGUGGCCAAGGCCUCAAUUGACCACAGCAGAAAUAUGAAAUACCAGUCUUUCAACGAGUACCGCAAACGCUUUAACCUGAAGCCUUACAAAUCAUUUGAAGAACUUACAGGAGAAAAGGAAAUGGCCGCAGAGUUGGAAGCCCUCUAUGGUGACAUUGAUGCCAUGGAGUUCUAUCCUGCCCUCCUGGUGGAAAAGCCUCGUCCUGACGCCAUCUUUGGUGAGACCAUGGUGGAAAUUGGAGCACCAUUCUCCUUGAAAGGACUUUUGGGUAAUCCUAUAUGUUCUCCUCACUAUUGGAAGCCAAGCACUUUUGGAGGAGAAGUGGGCUUUAAGAUCAUUAACACUGCCUCAAUUCAGUCCCUCAUCUGCCGUAACGUGAAGGGCUGUCCCUUGGUCUCAUUCAGUGUUCAGGAUCCACUGCUCACCAAGACAGUCACCAUCAAUGCAAGUGCUUCUCACUCCAGACUAGAAGACAUCAAUCCCACAGUACUACUGAAAGGGCGUGCAACAGAACUGUAGAAGUCUAUUGAUCAUAUUUAUUUAUUUAUGGACCACACCUUUUAACUUAAUUAUUUAAUAUUUAUAUUAAACGCCUUAUGUUACUUUCCAUCUUCUGUAACAGAAGGCGGCAGUACUCUUAUUAGAGAGGAAGGGGUCACACUUGUGGAAAUUAUUGUCACUACUUUUAAAGAUCAUUUUCUUCCACUUAAGGGGGAAAAACAGUUCAUUCUUUUCUUUAGAAAACAAUGGGAAGUGACUUUUGACAUGUUUUUACUUGAAUUUCAGUGUAUAGUAUGUUUUAAUAAGAACAAAUGCCAAGGUAUUUGAACAUUCAAAUACUUACAAGAUGGAAAUGCUGCAGUUUCUACACUGCCAUUAUUUUUAAUCUGCCUUUUAUGCUGCAAUAGGGCAACUAGGGUUGGAAUUUUAAAGGACUUGGGUAUUAAUCUGUCAUCAAACAAGGGUACAAGAUAUUUAAAUGAAUGUCUAAAGCAGACACUACCAGUAAUUUCAUGUCUUUUUAAAGCAGCCUUGAAAUAAUAAUUUGAAUCUAAAUCCAUGGGUAGAAUCAAUUUUAACAGCUCAUUUGCUAAAGUUGUCAAACUCUUUACUCAUAUCAAUAAAAGAAGCAAUCAGAUUUAAAUCUCCAAAACCAGUAGAAAUUAUAAUUACUGGUUAAAAUAUUAGAGAUUUUUGCUUUUUCACUAGGAGAAAAAAAUCCAACAUGACUGUUACAACCGCCUUUUAAAUCAAAAUAUCAAAUUUGGGGGUUUUCACUAGUGAGUGCAAAUUUAUUUAUAAUGUGACUGUUACAACUUCAUUUUAAAUCAAAAUACUAUUUAUUAAGUUGGUUUCCAUAGACCCUUGAUUCUUUUAGAGUCCAGUUCCAUCUUAAAGAUUUUAGAAUUUGUUUUUAUGAACAAUAACAUGCUGAAUUUAGGACUUGGGAGGGUGAGGCAGAAGGAUCUAGGUGAAACAGCAAUUUAGUGAGACUUGUGUCACAAAAGAUAAAAAGGGAUUUUUUUUCCUGGUAGCUACUUUGUUAAAAUCAGUGUCACUCAGUGGUUGAGUAUCCCUGGGUUCAAUCACCAGUAACACAACAAAUAAAUUGAUUAAAUUUAAUAACCAAUAAAAAGGAAGAAAAGUAAAUUCAAAUUCUAAUGUAUUAGCCCCAUCAAAAUCCUCUUCAAAACGUUUAAAUCCAUUUCACACAAAUCUCAAUAAGCCUUGGACAUUUGAAUCAAAACCAGCCCUGCAUUGCUGCUCCUUAGAUUUUUUUUUUCCUGGUAGCUACUUUGUUAAAAUCAGUUUUUCUUCUAUUUUUGUUUUCCUCGUUUUAAGAGCUCUUCUAUCUUUGAACUCUAAUAUUGUCUUGAACUUUUGCACAUUUCAGGAAAACCUCAGCUCAGGACUACUACUUAGCUCCUCUUAGUAGGAAUAAAAGAAAAGAGCCUUGUUUUUAAAAAUACAUUUACUUAAGUGAACAGCAGAAAAUUUUAUUUAACUUUAACCAUCUAUAAUCAAGAACCUACAAAGAGGCUAGAACCUCAGAAUUGUAAGGCAUUCUCCACAGGAAGACAAGUUACUUUUCUGUACUAAUGAAUGUCCAAAAAACUAGUAAGUAGUUGAGCAUUAAUAGUAAGAAUAAUAAUGAUUAAUAAUAAUGAUUUCCACAUCUCAUUGUCAGCUGACAUUUUAUGGUACUGUAUAUUUAUUGAGGAUUAUUAUUUAUGUUUAAUUAGGAUGUUAUUGUUAUAGAUUUUUUUUUAUUAUGUCAGAAUCAAUAUAUUGUGAUUACCUCUCUGAAAUAUGUAAAUGAUUGGGAUUAAGUAAGAUUUGUGAAUAAAUUUUCAGGAACCUAAUUCUGAGAUGUUAAAAUAUUUAAGAUUAGAAUUUCGACUUUUGAUUUCCAUAUGCACCAGAGCACGGACAACAUUGCCUCAUUGACUGGGAUAUGCCAUAGAGAUAGGUCUUUUAUAUAUUUGGACCUGUGGCUGCUUCAUUCAAUCAAUUAUUUAUUGAAAAUGUUCUGUGCAAAGAACAAUGGUUUUAGUAUUUUGAAAUCAAGCACCAAUUACAGACAGCAUCAAUAUUCGUAAAUAACUGAAAAAAAUGUGUCUCAGGAAAGAAAGAAAUGUUAUUAAAGGAAUAACUCAGGAAAAUUUUCUUUGGGAUUUUUUAUGCUUAACAUUUUGAAGAUAGUCAUCUUCGAAAAGCUUAUAAACUGCUAACUUCUGGGGGUUUUUUGUGGGUUUUUUUGGGGGGGAGGGACAAACCAACUUGAUUGUUACAAACAACCUGCUGACUAUACCUGAAAAUUAAGGUUGUGAAUGUUUCAGUGCCUUAGACAAAUGUAAAUUAACUUAUGUAAAACAUGUCUUGACAAACAACAGUUUAUUUUUGUACUAUUUAAAAAAUAGAAAAUCUCUUUUGAAAAUAAAUGUUGACUGUUGCAUUA